CACUGGGAGCGGGAGCAGGCUGCAGGGAGGGCGGCGUGAGGCACAAGAGGAGGAAGAGCAGAGCAGAAGAGCAUAAGAGUGUGUAGAGAGGCGUAGACACUUUAAUUUAAGGAGCAUGUGGGCCAAUCAGACGUGGGCGACGAGUGGCCCGCCCCAGGGCACCAUGAGUCUGCUAGAGCAGCAGGCACAGCAGUAUGCAGCCCUGCAACAGCAGCAGCAGUCAUCAGCGCCACAACAGCAGCAGCACCAUCAUCAGCAGAAUCAGCAUGGGCAGCAGCAGUGGCAGCAGGGACACAACCCCUGGAUGUGGGGGCAGGCAGGGAUGUAUGGCAUGUAUGGGAUGUACGGACCACCAGCAGCAGGUGGCGGCGGCAUGAUGCCCCUCAUGGGUAUGCCAGCACCCACCGUGGCCCCGCUGCCUCCUGGCCCACCACCCGGCCCUCCCCCACCUGAUUCAGGGAGUGAUAUUCCUCCACCACCCCCAAAGGAACCUCCCCCUCCACCCCCACCAGAUGAUGAUGAGGAGAAGAGGGCAUCACUAAAGAAAGCUGCCAAGGACCCUCCACCACCACCCCCCCAGGAUGGCCUGCUGGGCCCCGUGCCUGGCCCGGCCUCCUCCCUGCUGCCGGCCAUGAAGUCUCCGGCGGCACAGGAGGUGAAGCCGCCACUGCCAAAGACCACUCCCAAGUCCAACCAGUCCUGGAAGAACCUGUCCCCAGGCCUGCUGGGGCCACCCCCAGGGGCAUCACAGACCUCCACCACUACCACUACCACCACCACCACCACCACUGCCUCCACCACCACACCCACCAAUCCCAAAACCACCACCACCACUUCAACCAACAACACAGCCAGCAACACCAAUAAGAACACCACUGCCGCUGCCAACACCACCACUGGCGGUAACACCAACAAUAUGAAAAACAACAACAGCGGCAGCAACAUGAACCAGAAGGGAGGCAGCAGCAGCAGCAGCAGGCCAGUGGGUACCAGUGGCCCCAGCACCAGCAGCACCUGCAGCACCAGGGUCACAUGCAUAAUGCCAACCAGUCGGCUGGCUAUGGACUGGAGUGUGCCACCACCCAACCACCAGGCAGGCUGGGCCCCGACUGGCCGGGAACAUGAGCUGCCCAAGCAAGGAGAAAUGCCUAGCAUGGGACGUGGGGGCAUCAACUACCCUCCACCUUCCAUCAGAGGAAGAGGGCGUGGGCAGCCGUAUGGCCCAGGGAACAACACACAGCAGGGGACUGGCCGGGGAGGACCUUCACCCUCACCAGCAGCAGCAGGAGCAGGAACAGCAGCACCAGCAGCAACAGCAGGAGGAGGAGGAGGUGGAGGGAAUAAGCAGCAGGAGUAUGAUGAGUCUAAUGACGAAGACCUGAAAGAGUUUGACGUACAAUUUGGCAACUGGGAGAAGCAGUUUGAGAAAUGGCGAGAGGACAACAAGAACCAUCCCGACAAACAGGCACUGCGACGGUAUGAGGAGGAGUGGACCACCUGGAGGGCACAGCUGCUCUCCAAGCGAGACGACAUACGCAACAAGAAAAUUGCCAAGUUCAAGCAGCACCAAUCGCCGCAGAAGCCUGCCUCCACCACCACCUCCACCACCUCCAUCACCACUGCCACUACCACCACCACCACACCACCAUCAUCUUCCACUACCACCACUACCACCACCACCACCUCAAGCACUGGGGAUGCGAAUGGUCCUGAUGGCCACAACAAUGAACAGGGAAGGUUUGGUGGCGGUCAGGGGCCAGGACUCAGCCAGCACCAGGGCCAGGGUGGUUUUGGUGCCAACCAGGGAAGGUUUGGGACAAACCAAGACAGAUUCAACCAGAACCAAGAUAAAUUUGGCCAAGGCCAGAAUAGAUUUGGCCAGAAUCAAGGACAAGGAGGAUUUGGUUCCAACCAGGGACAAGACUUUGGCCAAAACAAAGGCAGGUUUGGCCAGAACCAAGGGCCAGGUGGCUAUGGCCAGAAUCAGGGCCCUGGAGGAUUUGGAAAAAGCUCAGGACCAGGAGGCUAUGGCCAAAGUCAGGGCCCAGGAGGAUUUGGCCAGAACCAGGGACAUGGUGGCUUUGGCCAGAACCAAGGGCCAGGCAACUUUGGCCAGAAUCAGGGACCAGGCAGCUUUGGCCAGAACCAGGGGCCUGGUGGCUUUGGCCAAAAUCAAGGGCCAGGUGGAUUCCAUCAGGACCAAGGGCCAGGAGGCUUUGGUCAAAACCAGGGCCGGUUUGGUGAGGGUCAGGGCCAGGGCCAAGGAAGCUUUGGACAAGACCAGGAUAUGAGAAACUUUGGUGACAGUCCCCGGCAAGGUGGCUUUGGCCAGAAUCAAGGCAGGUUUGGCCAGGACAAGCCAGGACAGGGCCAGGACUCAGGGCCAAACCAAGGCAGGAUAGGAUUUGGGCCAAACCAAGGCCAAGGAGAGUUUGGCCAGAACCAGAACCAGAGGGAGCUUGACAAAGGUCAGGGCCAAGGCAUUUUUGACCAGGGCCAGGACAAAGGGUUUGGCCAAGACCAGGGCCGGGGAGGGUUUGGCCAGGGCAGGGGCCGUGGUGACUUUGGUGCCAGCAGGGGUCGAGGAGACUUUGGCCAGGGCUUUGGCUCUGGCAGGGGUCGGGGUGAUGACUCAGGCCUGGGCCGGGGCCGGGGCGAUGACUUCACUUCCGGCAGGGGAAGGGGCGGAGACGACUUUGGCUCUGGCAGGGGUCGUGGAGGAGACUUUGGUCCCAGCAGAGGAAGAGGAGGUGACUUUGGGUCUGGCAGAGGUAGAGGUGAUGACUUCACCUCCAGCAGGGGCAGGGGAGACGACUUUGGCCAGGGCCGUGGCCGUGGUGACUUUGGCUCGGGCCGCGGCAGAGGGGAUUUUGGUGCUGGCAGAGGUCGAGGGGAUGAUUUUGGUGCUGGCAGGGGCCGGGGCGAUGCUUUUGGCUCUAACAGGGGCAGGGGGGCUGACAUUGGCUCCAGCCGGGGCAGAGGAGAUGACUUUGGCUCCAGCAGGGGUCGGGGCGAUGACUUUGUCUCCAGCAGGGGUCGAGGUGAUGGCUUUGGCUCCAGCAGAGGAAGAGGAGAUGAGUUUGGGUCCAGCAGGGGUCGGGGCGAUGACUUUGGCUCCAACAGAGGAAGAGGAGACGAGUUUGGGUCCGGCAGGGGUCGGGGCGAUGACUUUGGCUCCGGCAGGGGUCGAGGCGAUGACUUUGGCUCCAGCAGAGGAAGAGGAGACGAGUUUGGGUCCAGCAGGGGUCGAGGCGAUGACUUUGGCUCCGGCAGGGGUCGAGACGAUGACUUUGGCUCCAGCAGAGGAAGAGGAGACGAGUUUGGGUCCAGCAGGGGUCGGGGCGGUGAGUUUGGCCCCGGCAGAGGAAGAGGUGACUUUGGCCAAGGCAUGGGCCGUGGCAGCGACUUUGGGCUGAGUCGUGGCCGAGGGAGUGACUUUGGGUCCGGCCGAGGAAGAGGCGGUGAAUUUGGGGUGAGCCGAGGGCUGGGCGGGUUUGAGCAGGAUCAGGAUCAGAGGGACUUUGACCGUGGCCAAGACAUGGAAGGCUUCGGCCCGGGCCAGGACAAGAGUGAGGCGAGCCCCAGUCAAGACAGAGGUGGAUUUGGACAGUCUCCGGGCCGAGGGGGCUUUGGCGGGACACAGGGUCGGGGAGGGUUUGGCGGGCCGCCCCACGGCCGAGGGGGCUUUGGUUCAGGCCGAGGAAGGGGAGGGUUUGGUCAGAACCAGGACAGAGGAGAGUUUGGCCAAGACCAAGACCAAAGUGACCUUAGCCAAGACGGGAGUGAGUUUGGCCAGGGCCACGGCAGGGGCGGCUUUGGCCGUGGCGGAGGCUUGCUGGGCCGGGGCCGAGGAGGGUUUGGCUCAGGACGUGGAGGAUUCACCCAGGGACUUCAGGACCCCAAGCCAGGACAGGACAAGUUUGGCCAGGGCUUUGGUGAGAGUGGCCCUGAUGAGUUUGACAGUGGCCAAGACCGGAAAAGCUUCGGCUUCGGCAGUGACCAGGGAAGGUUUAACCCAGGUGGUGGCCGGGGAGGCCGCGGCGGCCAGUGGCACGGCCGAGGGAAUUUCCAUCAAGAUGACAAAGAGCCAGAGUUUUGGCAAGUUGGCAUGGAUGAUCCUGGACAGGACCAGAGUGGUGGCCAGUGGCCGGGGUCUGACCGGGACAGCUGGGGUGGCCAGGGCCGUGGCAGGGGUGGCUUUGGUUCUCUUGGCCGAGGACAGGGGCUGCAACAGCAAGAAGAGGAACAGAGGAGCUACAGUCCUAGGGGAGGUGGCCGGGGCCAGGACCGCGGUGGCCCUAGCAAACCCUUUGGUUCGAGGGGUCGGGGCCGUGGAAGUUUUGGGUCUGGUGGGUUUAGCCAGGACGACCCUCAGUCCCGGGACGAGCCCAUGGACCCAGACCGGGGCUUCCCUGAUCCCAGCCAGCGGGACAGUGACGGAGGAAACUUUGGCCAGCCAGGAUGGAGCCGGGGCCGAGGCUGGGGCCGGGGCCGAGGAGGCCAGGACAGCUCCGGUGGACCUGAUUGGGAGCAUGGACCGCCUGGUCAGAUGGACCGGUUCCAUGGAGAGAAUGGCCAAGGAGGCCGAGGCAGAGGAGGCCCCAGCCCUAGUCGUUGGGGUGAUGAUGACAUGGGCAAGAUGAGUCGUGGCCCAGGGGGCUGGCAGGGGGAGGGCAGUGAAACCAGCUGGCGGGGCCGGGGAGGAGCUGACUGGAACAGAUUUGAUGGUGGCAGAGGAGGAAGGGGAAGGGGUGGCCCUGGGGAACAAGGUCCAGGUGGACCUGACUCCCAGGAAUGGGGCCAGUCAGGCCGUAACUCCCAGGGCUGGGGGCAGAGAGGUCGUGGCCGAGGUAAUGCUGACUGGGAUGACUUUGGCCGUGGCCAGGAUGACAUGGGUGGGUUUGGCCGUGGCGGCAACACUCAGGACAGCCGCUGGGGCAGUGAAGACAGGGGGCUGUCCAGAGACAUGCCACCUGGCCGGGGCCGGGGCCGAGGUGGGCCGUGGUCGGGACAGCAGCAGGAGGACAAGUGGCAGCCGGAGAAUGGCCAGGGUGACAACUCCCCUUGGAGGCCACCAGGUGACAGGGGAUGGGGUGGCCCACAGCAGCAAGAUGACGAUGGGCCUGGCUGGGGACGUGGUGGCCAGCGUGGCCGGGGUCGUGGCCGGAGCAUCCUGCCUCCACCAGGCCGUGGCUGGGGCCGAGGCGGCGGACGGGGGGAUGACUGGUCCCACCCGGAGGACGAGGCCAUGGACCGCCGUGAUGGCCCGCCGGGAUGGAACAGAGGGGACAGAGAGACCAUCCCUGGCUUAGACCUCACUGAUGGGCUGGCCAAGGAAGACAAGAGCAAGGCAGCGGCACGGGACACAGACGACAAGAAGACGGACGGGAAGAGGAAGAGCUGUGGCAGCGGCAGUGGCAAAGAAGACGAUGACUCCAAGGAAGGGGCGAACAAGAAGAAGAAGACAGACGGAGAGAACAAAUCUGCUGUUUUCCACGACCCACAAGACGAGAAGAUCGAUGUAAAGCUUGGCACAGAGAAGCUCCUCAUUGGCCCUAUAGGAGUCCCACCACAGGAGCACAAGAAAUUCACACUGCCUGGCGAGUGGUAUGAUGAUGAAGAUGACCGAGAGGGUGCCGAGGGAGGAAAGCAGGAGGCCGGCAACAAGGGGAAGGACACAGCUGAGGCAGAGGGAGGCCAACAGAAGAACCCGCAGGUGCCACCUCAUUUCCCCGGCCAGCAGGAGCCUCGUGUCCCACCCAAAGACAUGCGAGGGGAACCAGUGCCACCAGAGUACAAAGGUGGCCAGUUUGAUGGGCCGCCACGUAGAGGGUUUGGCCCAGAUCGACCAGACCAUCCCGAUUUUGGAGGGCCAGGUCGACCGGAUAUAAGGGGAGAGACUGGUGGUCCUUGGAGGGAUUCCCCGUGGCCCGGUCCGAAGGACCCACACGCCCCCACCAGCAGGGAGGAGUGGGAAAGAGAGAGGGAGAGGGGAGGCAGGUGGAGCCCAUCCCAUGGCCGCAUGGACCCGAUGAGGGAGGGACCCAGGAGGAUGGAGGAUCAUGCACGACAUGACCCCUAUGGUCCCCCAAGGUUCCCUCCCCGCCGCCCUCAGCAGGAGUUCUGGGAAGGAGACCCCCGGUACCCUGACCGGCCCCCAAGGGACGAGUACUUCCGGGAUGACGUGGGGCCCCGCCAGCGCUGGGACUACUACGACGACGGGCGAGGCAACCCCUAUCCCCCCUACGACGACCCAUACUACUAUGACCACUACGACCGGGACCGGGACCGGGACCGCUACCCCGACCAGUACGGGGACCGCUACGAGGACCGCUUCAGGGACCCUGACCCCUACCGCCCCAGGGACCGCUCCCCGUACCCCUCACCCCGGCCAGACGAGCCCUAUGCCCCGUACCCAAGGGACCGCUGGGAUCCCUUCAGUCGCGGACCACCUGAGGAGGAAAGGGAGCCUCCCCCCAGCAGACCAGACCAGCCUGCUGUGGUGGACUACGGCCACGGCUCCACCAUGAGGGGCAAAGCACCUCCGUCCAGAGACAGGUCACCCUACCCACCGCGACCUGACCACCCACACAGGCAGAUGUAUGACAGCCCAGACCGAGCUGGGGACCACCACCACCCUCACCACCUGAGGGGAGGGCGAGAGGACAACCGGGGAUCACCCUGGGCAAACCAACAGCUGCCACCAAGGGACCCAAUGGGGAGGGACAGGGACCGUUCACCACCCCGUGCCUCACCAGCCCCUAGGCAGGACCAGGCACCACGAGCCCCCACCCCUCCAACUCUUCCCUCGCCCCCUGAGGAGAAAGAGGAGGAGGAGGAAGAGGAAGAGGAAGGAGAGACUGUAACAAUUGAUGACCUGGUGUCUAUCCCUGGCCGCUUUAUGAGGCCACCCAAGAUAGCCAUCAUUCUGAGAGGCCCUCCUGGAGCUGGCAAGACCACAGUGGCCAGGAUGAUCAAGGACCGGGAGGUGGAGAACGGAGGCUCCCCCCCUCGUAUCCUGUGCCUGGACGACUACUUCAUGGUAGAGACUGAGAAGAUGACCAAUGACCCUGAGACUGGACGCCGGGUCAAGACUAAGAUCAUGGAGUAUGAGUAUGAGCCAGAGCUGGAGGAGUCAUACCGUGCCUCUCUCAUCAAGUCAUUCAAGAGACACGUCAGAGGGUUCUUCCCAUUCAUCGUUGUGGACUGCGUUAAUGACAGAAUCUCUCACUUCUCAGAGAUUGCAUCCUACGCUAAGAAACACGGCUUUGAGGUGUACAUUGGGGAGCUUGAAGUGGACCAGAGUGUGUGUCUGCGCUCCAACACACACAACCACCCCAAGGAACACAUUGCCCGCAUCAUUAACGGCUGGGAACGCACUCCCCAGAGCCUGACCAGGGUAGAUCUCACACCCCUGGCCCAGGAUGCUGCCAUAGAGGAGGUGGAGAUGGAGGACUCAAUGGAGCCAGCCAUGGAGGCAAACCAAGACAACAAGAGCCAGAAGAAAGAGGAUAACCAGGAAGAGGAGGAAGAAGAGGAAACUGAGCAGACAUUCCUCAAGAUUUAUAAUGAAUUUAUUCGGAGCAAAUGGGAUACCCACGAAAGCCAAGAGGACAAGAUGGACAAGCUGGACGGUGUGAAGGCGGCCAAGAAGAAGAUCAACAGCGGCGCCCGGACCAUCGACGACUGGCUGCAGCUCUCUCAGGACUACGACUCCAAGGUAGUUCAGCCGGGCAAGAAAAGGGUGCGGUGGGCGGACAUAGAGGAGGGCAAGAAGCAGGCCGCAGCAAGGGACCGGGGCUUUGUGCUGGGACAGACAGACUGGAGCCGCAUGACGGACCUCUCCUUUGGCAGCAACGCCCUGGUGCAGGUCCGCUACAUUGAAGGGCGGGACUCGGCAAAGUGAACCAGCCACCGUCCUCUCCGGCACUGAUUAGCACUUGUUCCUCGUCCCACCACUGCCUCAGGGACCAGUGUGGCAUUGUGUCCCUCAGCAGGCACAGGACAGGAGUGUGUAGGGAAGCAUGGUGUGGUCAGACACUGCUAGUUACCUUUGCUUCAAGUGGCAUUCAUGUUCAAUAGGGUUGAUUAUCAUCAUCAUCAUCAUUAUUGUUAUUACUUAUCUUUAUUAUUAUUAUUAUUACUCUAUCACUUACUUAUUAUUUUAUUAUUGAUAUGCAUACACUACUGCUACUGCUACUGCUACUACUACUACUACUACUACUACUACUACUACUACUACUACUACUACUACUACUACUACUACUACUACUACUACUACUACUACUACUUCUACUUCUACUACUACUUCUACUUCUACUACUAUCAUCAUUAUCAUAAUCUUGGACAUUAUUACAUGUAAGUGUUGACCUACAAAUGUAAGUAUUCUUAUUCAUUAUUAUUAUUAUUAUUAUUAUUAUUAUUAUUAUUAUUAUUAUUAUUAUUAUUAUUAUAAGGACUACUGUAAGGACAAUUAAAUGUUUCAAGACUAUAUGUAGGUACUCUUAAUUUUGAUAUUUUAAUUUACAUUAAUAAAUAGCUAUAGGUCUCUCUCUCUCUCUCUCUCUCUCUCUCUCUCUCUCUCUCUCUCUCUCUCUCUCUCUCUCUCUCUCUCUCAGUAAUAGGUCUUCUCAUGCAGUUAAUUCUCACCAGUAAUAUCGCUUGUGUUGCUGCAAGCCUCACCAAAUAAAGGAGAACACU